CUCUCUCUGUCGGUCAGGCACCAAGGAAGGAAAAAGGAGAUUCCAACUCCAUGAUUUCAUGUUAAGGAAAAAGAAGGAGCAAGAAGAAAGUAGCUAAAGUUUCUAAAAUCCUGAGUUCAAACACAGCAGCCCACUUCUAGGUAAAAACUGAAAUUUUCCAUCCAUUAUCUCGAAAUACUUUCUGAACCAAAGUUGUAGCCCCGGAAGAUACGAAUCCAACCCAACAAACGGCUCGUGAUUUCGUUAAGUAACGAAGAAGAUAUGGCCAAAAUACCGGAACUGCGUCAGUGGUGGCGAGCUCCUCGGGUUGGCAUGUUUUUCUUCACCAAAAUUCACAUUAUUUCAUCCCAAAUACUUACCAUAAACUCUCUAACAAUUAUUAGGAACAUCCGGAAGGUAUUGCAAAAAAGUUCGGCGUCGGAAUGUUGAAGUUAGUGAGUUAAUCGUCGGAAUCAUGUUCAUCGACAUACCCGAAAUUCUGGACAGCAACUUUCUAUUGACUUCAGGUCCGAUUUACGCUAUCUUACAUAUGUUAAAACGAAAUACUUUCUAUACGAAAGUUGUAGCCUUACAUCUUAGGAAUCCAUAGAAUCAAACGGUUUGCAAUUUCGUGAAGAAACGAUGAAGAUAUGCCCAAAUUACCGCAGGUUGUCCAGUUGUGACGGAAAUGACAAAGUUGGCAAAUUUCGAUGUUGUUUCCACUUCCGCUCAUCCGUAAGGUUUCGGCCGAUGAUUUCCAGGUCUGUACCUUUGCGUUAGACUUGUCGAAUCAUUCAUCACAUACAUACAUGAACAUAUAAGUUAUUCCAUAUGUUAAAACCAUUCCAAAAUAUAUAUGUGAUACAUAUAUAAGUUAUCUAUAUGUUGAGAUCAAAAUACACCAAACCCAUAAAGUUAAUAUACACAUAAGUAAAUAUAAACAUUGGAAAUCAACCCAACAAUAUGUAUAUGUUAAUCAAAGGUGCUUAAAAGACUUAAAGAAGUAUUUUGGACACUCAAAAUAUCAAGAGAAAGAUUUGCAGACCCAAACAGUCGACGCAAACGGUCGACCGUCGCAUUAAACAUCGAAAUGGACCCUGACUGUCAGACAAAUGGUCGACCGCCGGUGGCCAACGGUCGAUCGUCGCCUGCCCAGCCGAGAAUCGCCGUCGCCAUCCAGUCAACAGUGGUCGACCGCCGGUCAACCACGGUCGACCGUCACGGUGUUCCGCCAGCCCGACGUAAUGAAGGUCGAGGUCGACCGUCGCGCCAAGCGGUCGACUGUUCCGAGCCUCGUAGCUUAAUCAAAUGAUAUUUUAAUUAUGUUUCAUCCAAAUAAACUAAUGCAUGAUUAUAUAUACACAUUGUUUAUAAAUUGUUCAUGCCAUAGCAUUCAUUUCAUCACACAUAUUGUAGCAUAUCAUAUCAUAUGCAUGCGUAAGAGAUCAUGCGUAAUUGCGUCUCUUAUAGCGUGAUGUGCGGGACUUACUAGUCCGACAUCACCCGUUCUGGGCUUAGUGUACGUACAUGGUAUUCAGGUUUCGAGUACCACCCCUAUCUUUCUAGUCUCACCUCAUUCGUGAGACUAAGGCCGCGUGAGUUCGUCGUACAAAAUGGGUGAAUCUCAUAGCGCAAGGGUGUCCUUACUCGUUAGAAUCAUGCAUCAUGUUAUCAUCAUUAAGUACAUUGAUUACAUAGGUGUCAUGUAAUCAUCAUCAAGAACAAUCAAAUUGGUUAAAUGUGAAAUCAUGUUAUCAUCAUCAAGUACAUUGAUUACAUAGGUGUCAUGUAAUCAUCAUCAAGAACAAUCAAAUUGAUUAAAUGUGAAAUCAUGUUAUCAUCAUCAAGUACAUUGAUUACAUAGGUGUCAUGUAAUCAUCAUCAAGAACAAUUAUAUUGAUUACAUAGCUGUUAUGUAAUCAUCAUCAAAAAUAAUUAUAUUGAUUAUAUAUGCCAUCAGGUAAUUAUCAUUAAAUAUUUAUCAUCAUGAUUCAUCAAAUUGACCAUAUGAUAAUAUGUGUCAUAUCAUGAAUGUUACUAUACAUUUUGUGGACGUAUAUAUAUGUAUAUGUAUAUGUCUGAGAAUCAUUCUACAAUUCUAACGUGGUACCACUCAGCGGUUUCGCUGAGCGUGUAGUUUGUAUUUUUCGUUGACUACACGUAGGUAACAAGAAGACAAUGAUGGAACCACUCCCGGAGGGCAUUGAGUCAGAGGAGAUGCAAGGAUGGCAAGCAAAUGUUGAUCAUCAGAUUUUUAAAUGUGUCAUGAUUUGAUUAUUAUUGUACUUCCGCAUUACUCUAAAAAUAUUUUUUAAAUGGGUCGCGAUCCAGAGUCUGUAAAUUUGAUAUUUAUAAGAAAUUGUCAUUUUCAAAUGUCAAGCGAAAUUUUUAAUUAACUCUCGUUUCACCU